AUGUCUUGGGCCGGCUUCAAAAAAAAUGUCAACCGGGCGACGACCCAGGUGAUGAUGAAGACUGGCCAUGUUGAGAAGACGAAUGAUCGCGACUAUGAGAUUGAAGAAAGAAGAUAUCGCACAAUGGAAUCUGCUGCAAACAGACUACAGAAGGAAGCAAAGGGAUACCUGGACUCCUUACGAGCCAUGACUGCCUCUCAAAUGCGAAUUGCGGAGACUAUUGAUGCUUUCUAUGGCGAUGCUGGAGCCAAGGACGGUGUGAGCAGAAGCUACAAACAGGCUGUUGAAGAUCUGGAUGCAGAGACAAUAAAGGCACUCGAUGGACCCUACAGAACGACGGUCCUCGAGCCUAUCUCUCGUUUCUGUGCAUACUUCCCUGAUAUCAACGAAUGUAUCAAGAAACGUAACCACAAACUCCUCGACUACGACUCCAUGCGAGCUAAAGUCAAGAAACUUGUGGAAAAGCCCGACAAGGAUGCCUCCAAGCUGCCGCGCGCCGAAAAGGACGCAGAAAUGGCCAAACAGGCCUAUGACCAAUUAAACGAACAGCUAUACAACGAGCUACCGCAGCUUAUUGAUCUGCGUGUCCCAUAUCUCGACCCAUCUUUUGAGGCUCUUGUCAAGAUCCAGCUCCGCUUCUGCGCCGAGGCGUACAGCCGCAUGGCCCAGGUCCAGCAGUACCUUGACUCAGACACAAGAGAGGAGUAUGCAUCUGGCAACCUAGACAAUAAGGUUGAACAGGUACUGCAGGAGAUCAGAGAUUUAAGCAUUGCCGGCACUGUGUGA